AUAUAAAAACUCACCUUUAAACGUAUCACAUGUAUAUUGUACCAUUUUUUUUAUUAGUAGUAUUUAUUAUUAUUUUAUAUAAUUUUUUUUUAUAGAUAUUGAUCAUAAAAAUAUUUGUACAACAUAAUAUAUACAUUGCUUUCUUUUAUAGAGAUACAUAAUAUCUCUAUUACAAACAGCAUGAACAUUCAACAUCUCAAGAAAUCAGAAACAUCCAGUGCCUCCUCCCUAAUUAGAAAUGUUUAUUAGAAUUUGUGUUUAUCCAGCUGUCACGUAGAGAAAAAAGAUGUUCAAUAAUUGCCUCUGACCAGAUCCGCUUUUCAUAUGUAUAUUAGAUUGAUACAAGCAUUUUGGUAUUAGAUAUUAUACAUUUUAAUCCAAUCCACUCCGAUUCUGAUCCCACCAAUCUCUUUAGCCGUGGGAAUUAGAGUAAAAAAAAAAGCCACACGAUUUGUAAAACGAAUAAUAGAUACAUAAAAUCUAAACGGUUAAUAUGAAGUGACAUUUAUACGAGCCAAGCCACUAACCUGUGAUGUCACUGGACUUGUAACAUUGUUUGUUUGUAUUUUUAUUUGGAAUGUUAAUGUUUAUGUUUCAUAAUAUAAACAUUCCAAACUACAAGGGAUCUUGUGCAGAGCAGGGACACACUUGAGUGUGUAUUGAAAAAUGAGACCAAUACAAUCACAAGGCAGAAUAGAUGUUAUAACUUAUUAAGCGUUUGACAAAUUGCUCUGUAAUUGAAAAUAUAUUAUGGAGGAAGGUCUGAGGAACCUGUAAAACGUUUGAUCCUGUCUAACAGAAUGGGGUCUCCAGUCUGUAAUAAAACUCGCAUUGAGCUGCUGUGGGACUUGAUUAACAAGCAGAUUAAGUGUUAUAGGACUUUAGCACAGCUGAACAGCUUGUAUUAAUAGAUAUCUAACACCUCUCCAAGCAUUAACUGUUAUUUCCUAAACUCCCUAUUGCAGGGACAAAAUGAUUCUUUUUUUAAUAUCCCCUUAUUUGUAUAUAUAUUAUCUAAUGAACAUCUAUAUUUUAAUAUUCUCCAACAGACUUUUUUUUAAAAGUUAUUUGUAAAUUGUGGGAAUAAGGUGAUAUUUACACUGUAAAAUGUGAUUAUUGCUUUUUUUUUCUAAUUUCCUGAAAGUUAAUUUAGAGAAUGUUAUUCUGUUUUUACAGUUAAUUUGCACACCGUAAAGUGUCACUUCGGUUAAGGUAUUGUGGUUUGUUUAUGAGGCUAUACCCCCAUUUAUCUCUCUGUCCUGUAUAUUUACAACAGUCAAAAAGCAAUCCAUGUACACAGACAGGCAUUAUCUUACCUAGAGGCAACUGCAACUAAACCCAACGCGUCAAAAAUUGUGCUUCUCUCUAUUUUUAAAAGCGAUUUGGACAAGAGGACUUUAAGCAUUUUUCUGGAUAUUAAAAAGGUGACUUAUAGAACAGAUAUUAACCUAACAAGACAUACAUACUAUGCCUUACAACACUUAAAUCUCACCACUAAAAAUACAAUCCUAGAGAUUUCACAAAGAGCUUUUGUUGAACAAGUGAUUAAAUCUAGCUGGUUUUAGUCUCCUUAAAUCAUUAGCCACCAAUCUUAACAUAAUAUCCCUAAUCAAAGAAUGCCAAACUCAUACCCCUUCCAGCAUUCACAGCUAUUUUAGAGAAAUGACUAUACUGUAUAUACUGAAAUGUCAGAAGGAUGCAUUUAAACAAAUAUUGGGAUCCAUUAAAUGUUCUAAAAUAGGUGAGCGUUUUUUUAAAAAGUUUAUAGAAAAACAAAACCAGAGAAUGUAUUUAAUAACAUCUAAGACUCGAAUCAACUAAAAUCGCCUUAAAUCGCCCUAAAUCGCCUUAAAUCUCCUGACUAUUUUAAAUGUAACUUGUAUGUUACAGCAAUAAAGGAUACAUUAACACUCGCAUAAAUGCAAAAUAUAUUGACAUUUAUUAAACACAAGAUGGAGCAAUGCUGUGCAAUGCAAUAUAUAAUCAGAUACUGGAUUAGACAGACAGAGUGCGAGACAGACAGACACACAGAGAUAGAUAGAUAGAUAGAUAGAUAGAUAGAUAGAUAGAUAGAUAGAUAGAUAGAUAGAUAGACUGAUAGAGAUAGAUAGAUAGAUAGAUAGAUAGAUAGAUAGAUAGAUAGAUAGAUAGAUAGAUAGAUAGAUAGAUAGAUAGAAAUUUGUACACUGCUGGUAUACUUUCAGAUUUUGAUUAACACAUUAUUUAACAGAAUGGAACAAUUGUAACACACACACACACACAGAAACACACACGCACAGACAGACACACACAGACAGACACACACACUGAAACACACACACACACACGGGAUUACCCCAUAAUAAAUUAAUGUAGUAACAGAAAAGUUCAUUUAAUCUUCUGUAACACAGCACUUACCCUAUGUUUGUUGGUACCUCCUAUUAAAACCAAACCCCUUUCUGUAGCCUCCAUUGAGGUGACGUCAGAGGCACUCACGUGGUCCCAACCUGAUGAUUUCAUUUUACAUCCAACUAAUACUUUUCUCCCCUUUGGGGAGUGUAUUCAAAGAGCCCCCUGGGGGGAAAAUAGCAGCAGGUUCGAGCUGAUUUAAGGAGAGGCAUUUGUUGGUGUUAAUCCCGAUAGUUGCUAAUUGAUAGGUGGUUAAAAAAAAUCUUAUAUUUGGCUGGUGGAUCUGAUUGAACUGUUUGUUUCUGCCCCUGUAAGAGAUCUGUGCUGAGUAUUUUAAUCAUGUUGCUUUAAGGAAAAAAAACAGUGGGACAAAACAAAAGAGUCUGUAAUUGCUGCUGGGAGAGAUUGCAAUUGAUUGCAAUUGAUUGGCUGCUUUUUAAUUACAAAUACAGUAUAAGAAGCAAUUUGAGCCAAGAAUCUCUGUAAGUGUGUGUAUGUGUGUCUGUGUGUCUGUGUGUAUGUUUCUGUGUGUGUAUUUCUGUGUGUGUGUUUCUGUGUGUGUGUGUGUGUGUGUGUGUGUAUUUAUGUGUGUGUUUAUGUGUGUGUGUGUGUGUGUGUGUGUGUGUGUGUGUCUGUGUUUUUGUGUGAAAGAGAGAAAGACAAUUUGAAGUAUUUUGAUUGGACAAAAUGUUAAAUUGUAUCAGUAUACAUUCUAUAGCAAUGUUACAAAUAGUGUGACUGUUGGUGCAGGUGUGAUUUUGCGUCUCUCUUAAUCUAUUCAUAGAGUAUCAAACAGGUAAAUUAACCCUUUCUGUGUUUCAAGGCCUGCAGUGUGCCUGAGUAUAUUACCACUAAUGGCUGACUAACAUUAACGGGGGAGGGGGGGAGGAGGCGUCAUUUAUACAAUAUCCACUGGUAAAAGGUUACACGUUUCAAUUUUGCAUUAUUUUCUUUUUAGAUAAAAAAGAUAGAUAGGUAGAUAGACAGACAGACAGACAUAGACAGAUAGAUAUUAGAUAGAUAGAUAGAUAGAUGGACUAGAUAGAUAGACUAGAUAGAUAGAUAGACUAGAUAGAUAGAUUAUAAAUAGACAGAGAGAGAACACAAAAAUAAAAUAUAAUAUAAGAGAAUGGUCAGCCUCUUUAAAUAAUUCUGCCUGCCUUAACCCAUCCUUGUAUUGCUCACCAAAUCCUGGUGCGAUUAAUAGCUCUGUUAACCUGUACAUAGCCAGAGGCCACGUGUGUUGUAAUCAAAAUAUUGAAAUAUUUACACCAUUCCUAUAGAACACUGAAAGCUUCCCUUAGAUAAACAUAUGGCUAAUACAACUGGUUAUAUUCCCACUGUCCCACAACAUUGCCAUAUGCUAAAAUACCCAGUAAAUACAGAUUAAAACAUAAUAUACCACAUACAUGCAUACAUACACACACACACACACAUACAUACAUACAUACAUACAUACAUUUACAUACAUGUCACACACAAAUCUAAAAAUAUACGCACACAUUAAUACAGCCACACACAUACACACACAGACAUAUAUAUAUAUAUAUACAUACACAUACAUAUUGACACAAAUAUAAACAUACAUACACAUACACACACACAUAUAGAUAUAUAUAUACACGCACAUAUACAUACAUCUACACACAUAUAUACAAAUACACAUAAACACAUACAUACAGAGACACAUACACACACAGACACAGGCACACACACCUUGCAGUCCUGAGUAGGUUAUCACUUGAAGGAUUAGGGUAUAGGAUGCUAUCUAGAAAUGAGUGGAGGGCAUCCUCCAUCCACAGUAAGGGAGGGGGUGUACUCCACAAAUUUGCAUAAAAAGAAACUCAAAGGGAGCCUUAGGAGUUUUAGGGGCCGAGAAAGGACAGUGCAAUGACAGGCAGGCAGCUCAUUAUCCAGCUCCCAUUCAGCAGGCCUUUCACUAACAUGCAAACUCUCUGGCAGAGUCGUUUGUCUCGUCAUUGUACUUUAUUUGAGAAUGCAAUGCUUGUCAGGCCUCUUAUUCACUUUCCAGAUACUUUAUUGAUGAGCUGUGACUUUUAGCACUUUCACGUGUCAAGUAAAGUCAAGUGUAUACUAUCUAAUGCUUCAUUUUGGGCGCUCAAAUCCUACUUUCCCUUUUAAGAAUCGGUUUUUCUUUCACUUUCCUCAAGCGUUCUGUUUUAUAUAUUUGUCCCCUAAGUGUUCUAGACUGUUUCAAAGAGACUAUAGCUGCACCCCAAGAUCAAGCUGGUGUUUUUAAUGUAACCUCGAUUCUCUCCCCCAGGGGUUUCCUUUGUGUGGACUGAUGUGAAUCUUAAUAUUGCACCAUUUAACAAUAAGUGCUCUGUGGUGUGUGGUCAAUACAGCAAAUAUAUUUACUUACUUUUCCCUGAUUUUCUGUCAGCUUCGCGGCCUAGUCUCCAUUAGUAAAUUCAUAAUUGGAAUGUUAAAAAAAUAUAAAAAUCUGUAUCUUCUUUUGAAAUCAUGGACAAGUUCAGUUUCAGUUUAGAAAAACAAAAUACCCUGCAACAAAAUACAUAAUGUUUUGAAAGAACUGAUAAUAGUAAAUAAAUAAAUAAAAAUUUAAAAAAUCAACUUAUAAAAUUACUAACAUAAAUAUGAAUUUAAAAAUAUUAAGGAAGGGAGAGCAUUGCAUUGUCUAAAUGUUUAAAGCGUCCUGUAGUUACAUUUCUGGGUCAGAUCUGAUUGGCCAACUAUGUAUACUGCUCUAAUUCAUGAAUAAAAAAAUUAAAAAAAUUGUUAAAGAUUAAAAUACUAUAUAUAUUUAGAUAUAAUCGCCUCUAGUAUAAAUCAGAAAGCAAAACAGUCAACAUAGGACACGUGGGAGAAGUUUGCAAAUGAUGACUUAUUUCACAAGACUAGCUCCCAGGACAUAAAACUCCUUCUUAGACUAACACUGGCCAUUUACAUUUCUGCUACUGUUCCUUUAAGAAAAGUGCAAUUCUUGGAUAGCUGGGGGGUAGAUCACAGUUUGCAAAGCGCCUGCCUUACAUAUUUCCCCCUUUUUACAUGUGAAUGAUAUUUUUGGUUAUCUCCAUUGUUUUCUUAAGGCUUUCUGUGGAAAUGCAAAUGGGCCUCUAUUCACAUACAAAAAUCUCCUUCCCAACAAUAUACCGCUUACAAGGAAAAUGAUUUAAUUCCCACUGUGAGCACUAAGCUAUUACAGUUACCACAUUUGUUCUAAAGAAAGCUGUUGGUGUAAGGUAGUGAUGCCUUUUAGUUGCUCAAAAUCAAAACAAAAAACAAACAAACAAAUGAAUUAAAAUAAAUAAACACAACAUGUAGGUAUUGAAAAAAAAACAUAAUAAAAAAAUCCUUAAUGCGAUGGUGAAAAGUUGGAGUCGAGCCAAAUUUGUUCAAUCCACAAAAGAAAAAUUUAAUAAAAAAAAAAAAAAAAUUGCAAAAAUGUCAAAUUGCAACAAAUCAAGUCAAUCCGUCCACACACCAGUAAGAAAAAAUAAAAAAUAAAUAUGAUGUUAAUGAAAAAAUAAAUUAAUUUACAAAAAAUAAUAAUACAGUGUUGCAAUUUGGGCUCACACACACUUUUGUGAGUGGCUAAAAGGGACAGAGAGAGAGAGGGAGAAUCCAUGAAAAUGACCCCAAAAAAUCUCAGCACUGAACAAUCAACUGUAUUCCUAAUGAAAUAGCAGAGCCAAUGGAACCAGGCAUGGGAUAGGGCAGCCAAUAGACUGAUGGCAGGCUAGCCCCAGUGCUUUGCAUAAAGCAAUAUUUUGUGUGGAAGUCACAGCAUUGUAUUUGCAUGUGAGGAGUGAUUAGUGGGUUUGAAAGCAGGCUCUGGCAGAGCCUCAGUUCCCGCUCUGUUCAAGUAGCAGGAGGAAGUGUUUUGCUAGGAGAUGAUGAUUGAGGUCAUGCUUUGCUAAUGGGCCAGUAAAAGAACUGUGGAGGCGAGGCACAUUGAGCAGGGACACAUACAUUAUAACACUGGAAUCAUCAUUCUAGGUGUGCACUGUGCCUCUAUACUGCACUCACACACUGCCUCUCCUGUGAUACAGUGACAGCCCCUCUCAUUGACAAUCUCUGUCUGUCCCUCAGAAACCCAGCAAGGGCUCAUCAUCUCUGGGAGCAACAAACCGCUUUAUUUCCUUACAAAGCUCUUAAAAAAAAAAAAAAAAAAACAAGAGGAGAGACAAUAUAAAAACAACACAACAACAACAGCUUCUUAUCUGAGCUGCUCCACUAACUAUUCUUCAAAGGAUCCUGACAGCAAGAAAAUGUUUCACACAGGUGAGUUAUUUCCCUUCCUUGCAAUGUUGCACUUCCUGAAGACAUUCCAUCCUUGAUCACAUUUUAUUUUAAUUUCUUGCAUGCUUCUGUAUUUGUGCUGUGUUUAUUUUUGUUUAUUUGUGUGUGUGUUAUUAUUUGUGGCAUUUGAAAAGAACAUUGAGGGUUGUGUGGUGAUGCUGGUAGUUGGCUGUGAUAGAUUUCUUAAGCACAAAGGCAGCUAAACUGGUUUUUGAUGUUUAUUGCGAAACCAUAGCAGGGUGUAUAGUGUUACUGGACUUAUAGAGUGUGUGCUCUUGGCAGAGUCCUAUGGCUGCUGAUUAGUGUAUGUGUGAAUUGGACAUUCUGUGUCUGCACUGCUAGGGCAGUUACUCUAUAACCAGCUGGGUGUAUAGAGCAGGGUGAGCUGUUGUAAGAUCCCCACAUCACCCCCUGUCCUUUUAGGAUCACUGAAUUCUAACGAUGGUGUUACUAUAUAACGCAUUAUACUUCCAUAGGGGCCGGGGGGUUAUUAAGGCAGAGCCUUGGAUUCUGCAGAGUGGAUAAGAAAUUUAAAAAAAUAUUAAUUGCAUUACUUUUUAUAAUUCAUUUUAUGAGAAGCACGUGUUAUUUGUAUAAUCUUUUAUUUCACACUUUACUGUCAUAUAUUUUUUCCAUUCUUUAUUUAAAUCUUCCAGAUAUCAUGCAUUAGUACAUUUAAUUCUUUAGUUACACUUUUUUUUAUCAAUGUCUUGCAUUAAUUUUAUUUGUAAACAUUAAACAUAACAAACUCCAGCCUUAGAACCACUGUAUUUAAAGUGAUUUCAAUAACAGACAUAACAAUAUUUCCUAGAAAGUUUAAUUCGAAUUAUAACCCCCCUUCCUGCGCCCCCUCACCCCACCCCCAAUAUCUCUCUUAUUAAGAAAGGGUAAAUCAUUUUUAAAAUAUAUAAAUAUUGCCUUUUCUUUAGAAAGAUGUCAUCUGUACUGACAGCAUAUUAAAAGUGUGAAUGGAAACACAUCUAUCUAUAUGUUCUAUAGUAGAAUGGUGAUAUCACUAGCUGUUUGUAUACUUUUUAGCAUUUUGUUUAUAAAGAUAGAAUUAAAACCAAAAAAUAUAUUUUCCUUCAAAACAAUCAGGAAGUGCUUUAUGUAAAAAGUCUACAAUUACUGUAGCAGAAUGUUCACACCACUGGUGUUUUGCAGUUUAUCUUUACAUUAUAAAAUUAUACUUUUACAAUCUAUUAAAAACACAAAACAAAUGAAUGAAGGAAUACAUAAAUGACUGCAAUGCCAUGUGCUAAUUUAACACUCUCAUGGCCAGAGAGAUGGGAAAAUGUUUGCCAUUAUAUAGCACUCCAAAUGUUAAUCGUGAAAAGAAAUCUCUGUUUUUUUUACAAAAAAAAUUAAAAUGUAUUAUUUAGUUUUUUUUAAGUAAAAAAUAAUCUGAAGUUAAUGUCACUCACCAUGUUACAGUGUCUUCGAUAUUUAAAUUAUUAACAAAUAUUGUUUAUCUAUGCCAGAUAACAGAUAAACAAAGUUAUUUGUCACGUUGAAUGGGGUAGCUGUGAAUCUAGGCCUUGCUUUUAAAGCAAGUGUGUUAGAAGCAGCAAAAUGUAGUUUAGUGAUCAGCCAAGGUGCACAGAUACACGAUUUAUUUUGUCCAAAUCUACAGGGAUGUCUGAUCACUAAAUAGAUCACUGUGAUUAUUACAUUUUGUGACAGUUUCUGGAGGUGUAGGGAGUUGGGGGGAGGGAGUGUGUCUCUGUUAAAAUAGCAGGCAGAAUAUAUUCUCUCUGCACACUGUAUGUUCAGACUGGAUUAAGUAUUUUGUUAUAAGGGAGAUUAAGGAUGUAAAGGCUGGUGUCUGAGGGUUUGGGACAAUUCUUGCAGAACGAUAUGCAUGGCUAGGCUCUGUAUGUGUUUACAAUCCACUUGCUACUGUUUGUAGAACAAUUAAUGAAACACGAGGAUUUGAAACAGUUCUGUGCUCUGCAGUAAAAUUAAUCAGAGAACUGUCUUUUAAUGGGGUUCAGCUCUGAAUUAACUGUAAGUAUACUGUGGUAUUUAUCCUGCAGUUAACCAUUGCAGCAGUAUUUACUUGCCGUUGUCUACAUGCUGAGACAAAUGCUAGUUUGAUGCGGGGGGUACGUGAGAUUACAGAAAAGGGGGGGGGGGAGCAAUGAAUUACUUAAUUCUAAAAUAGAUUGCUGCAAAUGGGAAGAAAUCUUAUUUUUAUAGCUUAGAGAAAAACAAAAUGAUAUUCAUUGCUGUCAUAAAAGAGUCAGGAUGACUGUUUUGGGGAGAAAUUUCAGCCUUUGAUUAUUUCAUUAUUUCAUCACCUCCCUUUUUCUUUUCAAUUCAUUCUUUUUUCUUUCUCUCUUUCUUUUUUUCUUCUUCUCCUUUUUACCAACCCUCUUCAAUGCUUUCGCUAUUGUAAUUGUCUCUUUCCAAUUGGGUGCCCCUACUGUGCUGUUGUGUAGUUUUACAACCCCUAACAACCCACACCAGUAACACAAUUGCCUGCAGAAACUUAUAACAAAAAAUGACUUUGCUAACCACUAUUAAAGAUUCUUUGGGUCACGAUCAUUAUAAUCAGUGGGAAAAAAGUGAGUUACAUUGCUGCUGGGCUGUGUGUAAGUUACUGAGUGUAUUUAAUAGCAUUCGCCUACUUUAAAGAAAGUUUGAAAGGAAAAAAAACUAAAAACAAGCAAAACAAAACACUAAAAGCACUGUGAACAUUCUGUGUCAUUGUGCCUCGCCUCCUGUUUUCACUUUCUGAGGCACUGAGUUGAGAUAGACAGCGUGUGUCAAUGUAGAGUCCAAAAUUGAGGAGCUAAACGACAUUAAAAAAAACUUAACUGAAGAGUUUGAAAAAAUAAAGAAAUUAUUCUACAAUAAACAAACUUUGAUUAAAAAACAAACAAACAUAUUUAGCUCUCUGACCUGUCUUACAGCCUGAUUAGGAGUCAGAGCUUCAGGAAGUGGAUUGAGUAUUUACUCCGUAAUUGUAAAUAUGUAUCUGUUUGUUCAUGUGUUUAUUUUUGUUUAUUUAUUUUUCGAAAACAGAAAUAACUUGCGAAUGAUAUCUGUGUCUGUGUCUGUGGUUGUGCGUGCGUGCGUGUGAAAUGUGCGAAUUUAAAUAUACUUUCAAUUUUAUUUAUCGUAGAGGGAAAACAAUAACAGCCAUCCAGCAGAUGCUGGUGUGGAGUCGUCAUUUUGGGAAGAGAAACACAGAUUUCAGGCAAGUUUCUAAAUAUUUGUGCUUAGAAUGUUGGUUUUGUUUUUUUGUUUGUUUGUUUUCACCGAGUCUCGUGUUAAAAAACUUAGUUUAGAUCUGUUGUAUCUCUGGUCUCAUAUUAUUCAUGGA